ACAGCAAGAAAGUGUCCCCUCCUCCUCAUUCAUACGCAUAAUAUACUCCGCUACCUGUUUAUCAGCCCAGUGCACGUACAGCGGAGACUCGAUUGCCCCUCUCUCUUCACCGUCACUCUCAUUCAUCCUUUUUCGCUCUCUCUCUCUCUCCUUCCCUUCACCUCUCUCUCUCUCUCUCUCUCUCUCACUCUGCCUAUCUCCGCUCUCCCCCGUUUCCAGUCAUUCACAAUCGGAGGGCAGCUCCACCUGCUACCAGAUCUCUAUUUUUAGAAGAUUGAAGAACCAUAUUUCCAAACGGAGUCAACUGAGCAUCAGAGCGUGUGGCAGCAAAACUGGCUGAGUGCUUCAUGAUGGGAAACGUAAGGCUGGCAAGGCAGAGGACUUCCUCAACAGUACAUGACAUAUCACAGCUGCACUCUUUGAUAACCCAGUUCUGCAUUUGAUGGCAUCAUUCUGCUGUAAAGGAAUAAAGAAAUCAAGUGACAACUAUGAGUCAUGUAUACUAAGGUGGAUACAAUUUGAAAGGAUUCACUCGCAUUAAACCAUUAUCCAGUUAAUGAUUUGACUUCAAAUCUGUAGCCUGGCAUAGGCAGACACAUCCCACUUGACUACCCGAGGCCGUUCUUCCAUUUUAUGGAGGCCUUGCAUAGUUGCCUGACGACUGGGGAGCAGUCUGGAGGUCAAGAUCAUCGUCUGCCAGAGUCUCCUCCCCAACGCUCCCAGUCUAAGUCUCCCUCCAAGCCAAGUGAGCAACAGCAAACUGGCUCCCGAAAGCCCCAUGGCACACAACAGCAGACCAAACAGUCCAGAAGACAGCAUCAUGAACGUAAACGUCUCCGUCACCAGCGGCAGAGCAUUGACUCAGAAACUGCACCGGAGCCUAAACAUGAGGCAACAAAAGCCACUACAGUUUCAUCAGGGGUCCCGACAUCCUCAACAGGUGGACCCUCCCAGUCUAAAACAGAAACCCAAGAGGGCACUCCAAAACAGAAACGUGAGCGUAAGCCUCAGAGACCAGGCAAAUAUGUCUGCACUUAUUGCGGCCGUGCAUGUGCAAAGCCUAGUGUCCUACAAAAACAUAUUCGCUCUCACACAGGUGAAAGACCGUAUCCAUGUGCCCCAUGUGGCUUCUCUUUUAAGACAAAGAGUAACCUGUACAAACACCGCAAAUCCCAUACACACAGGGUUAAGGCAGGCUUGGCACUUGGGGAGCCGAAGUCUUUGGAAGAGCAAGUCACUGAGUCAGAAGAUGAAACCAAACAGCUAUCAUCAGCAUCUUCCCUUACAGAAAGACAGAGCAGUGUAGCCUCAAUCACGAGUCCUGAAGCAGACAGGGCCAAAGAGUGCACUGGAGGAAGCGAUGACUCCUACGCUGUUAAAAAGAGACUGGCUCUUCGUCUAAGUAGAGGAAAACAAGGUCCUUGUGACUCAUCUGAAAAGACCUCAACUCUAAUUUUAGGGAGUAAAGGUAGUACAGAAUCAGGCUAUUUCUCUCGCUCUGAAAGUACCGAUCAGUCACAGGACAGCCCCCCAAACACAAGUGCCAAAAGCUAUGCAGAGAUCAUCCUCGGCAAGUAUGGACGUUUUGGUCAUCUACAGAGGAUGUCUCGGCAACGUAACCAGCAGUCCUCUGGUCAGGAGGACAAAAAUAUCCCAUUCACAGUCCCGAAGAAACAGGUCAUUGACCAUAUCACCAAACUUAUCACUAUCAAUGAGGCAGUGGUGGACACAAGUAAAAUUGACAGUGUGAAACCAAGGAGAUUUUCACUGUCAAGAAAGAAUAGUUCAGAGUCUCAAAAGGGUUCCUCCAUGAAAGACCCUCUUAUUCAUAGCCCUAAAGCUGGAGAUCUGGGCUACAAAAACAGUGGCUCCAUCACCAUGGGCGUUCCAUGUGAGAAGUUUCAUCAUCCAUCUGUUAACGUGGAGCAAACAGCUGGCCAAACAUCAAAUUCCUCUCUGGUGCGAAGUCAUUCAAUGCCCUCUGCAGCAAGUACUUUUGACUCCUCCAGUAGUGACCCAAGCAAACUCUUCCCAAGUCAGUCCUUUGAUGAAAGAACUCAUGCAUCCCGUCGUUAUGGGAUGCUUAGACGGCAGCCAGCUAUUGAAAUCCCACUUGGUGCUGAGUUCACUAAAGACGAACAAGAGGCCUCUCAUUCGUUUUACCAUGACAGCAUAACCACUGUGCCUGACCACAAGCAAAGCCACCCGCAACCAUAUGAGUGUGAAGCCUGUGGGACUGGGUGCAAAGAUUGGGAAGGUUAUAAGAGACACAAGCAAAGCCCUUGCUUAGUACAUAAUCCCAAAAAUGAGGUUGUAAUUAGUCAAAUGGAGUGCUCCCAGUUAUUUAACCAUACAUUCAGAGCAGGAACUUCAGCAUUGCGCAAGAGAAGAAAAGAGGAAAGUUUUGAAUUUGAUGACCAGUCUUCUCUUUCAUUACCAUUUCCUGCCCCCUUGACAGGACAAUGUAAAGAUGAAGGCAAUGUAGCCUAUGAGGGCCAAAGAAGACCUACACUGCAGACCUGUUCUGUAAUUCAACACACUAGUUCAUUUGAAAAACAAGAAUCAUUGUGCAAUGAGAAUCAAGGUAUAGAGGCAGCAAGAAACUCUCCAGCUAGGGAAGAAUAUCAACUGGUUCCCCAGGUGCUACCCCAACAACAGAUAGCAAAACCGACAACCCGAAAGCUGGUUCGCCAGCCCAGUGGGCAGGUUCCGGAAAUACUGGUAACAGAGGAUUCCAAUAUGAACACGGGGGCAGGGAAAGAUGCAACUUCCCAAGCAAAACAUUCAGAGAAACCUGAUGAAUUUCAAUGGCCUCAGAGAAGCUCGUCACUUGCCCAGCUACCUAUUGAAAAGCUUCCUCCAAAAAAGAAGCGCUUACGUCUAGCUGAGGCCGCCCAGUCCUCUGGUGAAUCCAGCUUCGAGUCCAUAUCCAUGCCCCACAGCCCUAGUCAGGACAGUACUGCAUCCUAUGCAUCAAGUCGUUCCACAUCCUUUGAAGAGCCAAAUAGACCAGACAUAGAGAUAGCAUCAGCAACACCACUGAGGAGAUCAAGAGCUCCUCAUAUGUUGACAGUUCCUGGGGUACAUCAGCACAGAGAAAUGAGGCGCUCAGCAUCUGAGCAGGCACCUCAUGACCCACAACCCAAUUUCCUAAUGGCAGAGUCACGCAGCAAAUCCUUUGACUACAGUUGUUUGUCCCCUGAGCGCUCUGCAGUUGGUUGGAGGGACAGAAGAAAAUGUCUCCUUAUGAGACACACAACUGUUCAAGAUCCAGAUGAGGAGGAGGAGGAGGAGAAGAAGAAGUGUACUAAAACGAGUCGUAGCCCUGAUCAUUGCAGCCCUAGAAAAUGUUCCCAAGCAAGUUCAACUCCUGUGUACUGCAGUAGGUCCCCUUCAUCGCCUUUGUCAGGUGACACAGCCUUGCAUAAUCCCGUAAAAUUGCAAUGCAAAGAGCUGUUCUCUCAAUGGAAACUCAGUCAGAAUAUUCAGUUGACGGGCAACACAGAACACUCUCUUGCCAAGUACCCAUCUGUAGACCCUGUAAAAGAAGAGGAUAUCCAUGCAGGGGACCCCCCUCCCCAAUUACCACAUCUCUAUCCUAAACAUGGACCAUCUGGGGCAGCUAGAGCUCGCUAUCUUCCCUUAUCUACAGGGCUGAAGCUAGAGAUUCCUUUACUCCAUGAUGAUUACUCAGAAGUUCGAGUAAGCCACUCCAACAUCCAGAACUCUGUCCCUCAAAUCACUUCCUGUCUAGAAUUACUGAGGCCAGUCACAUCUCCAGCAGUAGCAGUGCGUCUCCAAACAGACACCCUCACCCUAGCAUGUGCCAUUUACACUACAUUGUCUCAGUCCAAGUCCUCCAGGUCCCAAGAGAAGGGUGAUUCUCUUCCACAGACUAUGGUUAUCCCUACAGCUGAAUACAGAGACAAUAGAUACAUAAGUUCUGGCCUCCAUUUCUGGUCUGAUGAUGGCCUGAGGAUAUCAGGCUCAGGAGGCAAUAAGCGCAUGCUUUCCCCUUCAAACAGUAUAGAGAUCCCUCCUGAGUCACAGCAGCAGCAGAAACGGGUAAAAGAAGAAGAGGAGAGGGAGGUGGGAUUUGUUGACAAGGCAUUGGUGGAACCAUGCAAUCAGGAACUCAAACGGGAAGUUCAGUCAUGUCUAGCUAGUGUUUGUCCACCCAUCACACAUGUUGGACCCACAUUCCCCAGUCUGCUAUCCAGCACCUGUAAUAGCUGGUGUUAUUUGAACUACAUUAAACCAAACCCAUCUACUUUGGAUGAACAGAAGCCCUCAGUGUAUUCAUCAUGGUCCACUAGCAGCUAUGACCCCAACCCACCCGGCCUCUCCAGCAAGACGGCUCUCUCUCUGCUGCACAGUAAACAGAGGCUCAGCCCCACCAUCUACACUACUUCACCCAUGUCAGUCAGGAGGACAGAGUCAGUGGAGCAAGAGGACAACAAAAGACCACGCUCUACUGAGGUUUACAACAGCCAGUCGUACUGCAGAGACCAGGAGGGAUCGAGGAAGGGACAGCGGUCAGCGGGUGACAUCAGGUCAAACAGAAAAGAGGAGGAGGACAAAGAGACGAAUGAGGAGGAAGAACCCUCAUGCUCCAGAGAAAAUAAACCUUGUGAUGUGUGGAUCUCUAAGAGAGAAUCAAAUGAGAAGCAUGCUACCGGUCAAGGUGGAGGUGGGGGGCAGAGCCAAUGUGACGAUUGUGUUCUGCAAAAGGGAACCCACGGCGUCACACAAUCAUCAUCAUCAUCAUACACCUGCAAACGCUGUAAAGUUUCUCUGACAGCCAAAGGAAUCUUGGAUGAAUCUUCAGUCCAGCCGCAGACCCAAAAAGAUCCGAAGCUCUCCGACUCAGGGCAAAGUGGACAGAAUGUGGAUGACGAUGCAAAGAACACAGACUGCAGAUGUGAAGACAACAGGAGCCGGGUGUCUGAAGGCCUUCACACUGCUCCCUCUGAAAGAGAGAAACCUCACACAGACCUCCACCUCCUGAUGGAGCCUGAACCCCGCAAAGCCGUCCCACCUCCCGCCAAGGAUUCCUCCGAGAAGAGCUCGGCCAGCGCCAGGAGGGCCCUGUUUGCCCGCAGACGCCUCGAUGCUUCGGCGUCAACAUCCUCUGGAGGCUCCCAAUCUUCGAGUACUCAAUCCCUGAUUCCAGCCAAGGAGCCGUCUCCGCCUCGCAGCCCGUCACCCGGGCCUCUCCAGGACCCCCUUCCUUCUUCCUCCCUCUCCCCGUCCAGUUGUCAUGUCUCCUUCUCCACUUUGAAACCGGUCUCACCAGUUACAGGUCUUUCUCCCGUAAUAGUUCAGUCCCACGGUCCUGAAUCCUCCGGGCCACCAGGUUCUCUGCCGAACACCUCUGCUCGAUGUUACGGCUUUCUUCACCCAAGAGGUCGACCGUCUACAACAAGACUGUCUAUGGAUGAGGUCGGUCUGACCCACAUCACCCUGCAUCCCACUCGGCCUCGGGGAGCCCGCAACCUCCUGAGUCACCUCCCUCUGCACUCCCAGCAGCCGAGCAGGGCCCCGAGCCUCCUCAUUCCCAUCGGUGGGAUUCACAUGAUUCAGCCCAGGUCCCCCCUCCCUAUGUACAGCCUGGUGAGCAGCACCCCAGCAGUCCUAAGGAACCCUGCAGGGACAGGGACAUCCUGGAGACUCAGUGACACUCCAAAGGGGAGGUUUUCUCUGCUGGAGCGACAGGAUACUCUCAAAGAGACGUCGCCGGACCCCGAGGCGUUAGAGGGAACGUCCAGGAGCAGCUUAUCAGACACUUUACUACCCAGUCAAAGAAAGAGUCAAGGAUGCUUCAGCGUCCAAAAACAAAAAAGUGCCGGGACUGAGACGAGGCUUCCUGAGGUAGACACAGACGCACAUUUUACAGACAGGUGUGUUUACCGCAAGCCCGCCGUAGGCCAAAUAAAGGCUCCUUCCUCCCAAACACAACCGUGAAAGGAGGGAGAGUCUGAAGGGACAGUGCAAAAGAUGGAAGUCUAAAAACCCAGAGUCUGUUGUUAAAACACAGCACCGGUUUGACGGCCAAGGAUUUAAAAAAAAUAAAAAUAAGGCAAGAGCACUUCAGCACCGCUUCUGAAUGACGCUGUUAUGUAAUUAUAUGAAUAAUAUAUACAGACACUAUGUUAGAUAUGCAGUAUGUUUUGUAAGUCUUUUUUUACCCUCUUGUUUGAUGUCAUCGGUGUUAAUUUAUUUAUGUGCUAUUAUGCAAGUUCUGUACAAUAUGCAAGAGCAGCUGGAAUGAAAAUAGACAAAGUUUGAAUCAGUUCCCUUCUUAUCUCCUUGGACAGCUCGAAUAUACUAUUGCUGUGUAAAUGUACUGUAUUACCAAAAUGAAUAUAGAAAGGUACUACACAUAUUUAUUCACCCCCUACCAGUAUUUUGAAGUGCAAUUUUAUGUGGAGAUUCGUGGUUUGAAAUGUCAUUUUUUUGAAAAGGCUGUGAUGAAUAUUAUUUGUCAGUUCUUUGUUUUUUUGUUGUCGUCGUCGUUCCUUGUUUGUGUUCAAAGAAGCAGGGUUACGAUCGCCUCCUUUUCUAACGUCUCUCGAGGGAAAGAAGUUUCAGAUCAACACAUUUGCAGUGCACUGACAAAGAAAAAAAAAAAAAGUUUGAUAUCCAGAGGAAACCUGUUUGACGUACAUGGUAGCUACGGUGCCGUUUUUUUCAUAUACAGAUUACAUGUAUUUUUGUGUUGGUGCUUUUCUAAAUGAUACAAUCACUCUGUCAUUUUCAUGUUUUACCAUUAAACUUCUCAUUUUUACAGAUUUUUAUUAAAACCGUGUUACUUGUG